GAGGUGGAGGCGGUGGAGGGUGGAAGUGUUAAGUCUCGGACCCCAGCUGUCUAGAGCCCUGCCCACUCCGUGCGCGGCUCCGAAGCCCGGCGUCGUCGGUCCCCCGCCAGCCCUCAAGAGGACCGGCUUUGCCGCGGCGCCGUAGUUCGGGCUGUUUCCACCUAGUGCUAGGCCUGAGCGCCUUCCUAGCUUACCUCACAGCAGCCCACUCGCCUUGCUCGGGGCCUGGGGAUCUUCCCCUCCGCGCCGGGUGCGCCCUAACCCACCUCCCAGUGCAGCCCUCCCUGCUUAUUUCUGGGAUCCAGCCCCAGACUGGACUGGGAACCCGCUCCGGUUGGGAUCUGAGAGGGCCUAUUGCAAUGGUUACAGCUCUGGCCUUGAGCCUGUGGACAUCCUUCUUCUGGUUCUGCCGACUAUCUGCUGUGACAUUAGUCUAGCCUCUUUCCUUCCCUGGGCCUGUUCCUCUAACUGAUCUGGUGCUCCAUUAUUGAGUUAGCGUCAGAGCUGCUGACGCUCUGCUGACCAGCGCAGAAACAGCUCACACUCUUCUCUCCACUGACAGCAGAUUUUAGAUAAAGUCUUGAAGAAGAAAUUGGGGCCAGAGAGGGAAGUGAGGAAAAUCAGAUCCCAGAUCUUCGAGAAGGAGCUGUAAGGACAACACACCCUCCACCAUAGCCCAUCAGGCAGAAGGAGAAGGUUGCAUAAGAGGAAGCCUGUGGCAUCUGAUCUUUCUGGACUUGGAGCCAGCAGUAGAGAUAUUUCCUCUGGAGCUGUGUCCCUUGGUUGCAUGCUUGGUUGAGAAGAGCCAGAGCUCACAGGCCUCCUAGAAUAACAGCCCCAAACAGGCUAGUGCCACCCUCCAGCUGCCCAGGGGAUGUGGUUGUGAGGCAGAAUCCACAGACCCCGUGGGAAGAGGGCUCUGAGUGCCAUGGCCCAGGUCAGCAUCAACAAUGACCUUGGCGAGUGGGGUCUGAGCACGGACUCCGGGGAGCGGGCCCGUCUGCUGCAGAGUCCCUGCGUGGACACAGCCCCCAAGAGUGAAGGGGAGGCGUCUCUUGAGAGUCUGGGCAGAGGCACCACUUCCACAAUUGGGGCCAUCUUCAUCGUCGUCAAUGCCUGCCUGGGUGCAGGGCUGCUCAACUUCCCAGCGGCCUUCAGCACCGCAGGGGGCGUGGCAGCCGGCAUCACGCUGCAGAUGGGCAUGCUGGUCUUCAUCAUCAGCGGCCUCGUCAUCCUGGCCUACUGCUCCCAGGCCAGCAAUGAGAGGACCUACCAGGAGGUGGUGUGGGCUGUGUGUGGCAAACUGACAGGCGUGCUGUGUGAGGUGACCAUUGCCAUUUACACUUUUGGCACCUGCAUCGCCUUCCUCAUCAUCAUCGGGGACCAACAAGACAAGAUUAUAGCUGUGAUGGCAAAGGAGCCUGAGGGGGCCGGCAGCAGCUCCUGGUACACAGACCGAAAGUUCACUAUCAGCCUCACUGCCUUCCUCUUCAUCCUGCCCCUUUCCAUCCCCAGAGAGAUCGGCUUCCAGAAGUAUGCCAGCUUCUUGAGCGUCGUGGGCACCUGGUACGUCACUGCCAUCAUUAUCAUCAAAUAUAUCUGGCCAGAUAAAGAGAUGACCCCAGGGGACAUCCUGACUAGGCCAGCUUCCUGGGUAGCCGUGUUCAAUGCUAUGCCCACCAUCUGCUUCGGAUUUCAGUGCCACGUGAGCAGUGUGCCGGUCUUCAAUAGCAUGCGGCAGCCCAAGGUGAAGACCUGGGGUGGGGUGGUGACAGCCGCCAUGGUCAUAGCCCUCGCUGUCUACAUGGGCACGGGCAUCUGUGGCUUCCUGACCUUUGGAGCUGCUGUGGACCCCGAUGUGCUCCUAUCCUACCCCUCGGAGGACAUGGCUGUGGCUGUUGCCCGUGCCUUCAUCAUCCUGAGCGUGCUCACCUCCUACCCCAUCCUGCACUUCUGUGGGCGGGCGGUGAUCGAGGGCCUGUGGCUGCGCUACCAGGGGAUGCCCGUGGAGGAGGACGUGGGGCGGGAGCGGCGGCGACGCGUGCUCCAGACUCUGGUCUGGUUCCUGCUCACCCUGCUGCUGGCACUCUUCAUCCCUGACAUCGGCAAGGUCAUCUCAGUCAUCGGAGGCCUGGCUGCCUGCUUCAUCUUUGUCUUCCCAGGGCUCUGCCUCAUUCAAGCCAAACUCUCGGAGAUGGAAGAAGUCAAGCCAGCCAGCUGGUGGGCGCUGGUCAGUUAUGGUGUCCUCUUGGUCACCCUGGGAGCCUUCAUCUUCGGCCAGACCACAGCCAACGCCAUCUUUGUGGAUCUCUUGGCAUAACCACUGCCUCCCAGGCAACACAUGGCCUUUGCCACUGGACCCAGGAGCCCAUCUCUUAGAGUUGUGGGGUCACCUUGAGUCCAGCAUCAUUCCCAACUGCUGGUAGGAUGACAUCUGGACAUCCUUUUCCAAGAACGGUUCUGGAGUAAAAUCAGGCCUCACACCUCUGGAUGGCUCAGACCCAGCUCCCCCUGCUCUCCAGUCCCGGCAGUUCCACAAUGGAGGGAGGAGGUCUUGUAUCACAGAAGAACCUUCUCUGUCCUUCAACUCUCGACUUCUCCACCCCUGAAAAGCAUGGGUGAGGAGGAUCAAAACAUCUCAGAAAAAAGACCGCAGCCUGACUUUUCUUUGGAGAAAGUAUGGGCAAAGGGCCACUCAACAGAGCACCCUGUCCUGAGCAGGACCUGUGCUCAUUAUCCCGGGACUCAGUGCCUGCUCCAGUUGGGCAGCCGCUUGGCCAGCCGUGACUUCUCUGGGAUCUGGCAAUUUCCAAAGGUAGCACAAAAGUCAUACAGACGCACAGAGGUAGAUAGAGUCAUGCCUUGUCCACCCCCAGCCUGGGUCCAAAGUGAACCUGUAGACCUCUUUUCCGUGGCUAUUUGACAUCUCCCAAGACUUUGAGGCCUCACCCUCUUUCCCCAAAGCUGAGGGUCCAGGCAUCCUUCUCCUCCUCCAUCUCCAGACAUCAUCAAGUCUAAUGUUUACAAACGGUGCCAGCCCGGCUCUGACCCAAAGGACAGGGGCCGUCCCGUGCCACCACGGUGCUGUGAGUACUCCUCAGUUAGCUUUCCCCUUGGCAGGAAGUCUGUUUAUCUCACUCAGAUUCCAGAUGGGCCCCUCGUUUCUGUGGCACAGGGUGGGUAAGAGAGAAGGCUGGGAAUCUUUCAAACCCACGUAGGUUGGGUCGGUCAGGGUCCAGGUGAGCCUCUCUGUUACCUUCUCUUUCAGUGACUGCUUCUCUCUGCCUGCCCUCUGCUCCCCUCUCCCCUGGCAACCCCAGCAGGAUAGCCCACAGAGAAGAAGAGCAGCCGAGUUGUCACUGACUGGGCAGCACUUGAGUGUAGUCACGCCGGUCUAGAAGUUUCCCUUCUGGUCCAGAUCUUGUCUGCUCCCUCCCCCCCAGCAUUUCUUCAGCCCCUCCCCCAGUUUUCUAGCUCAGUCUCUCCUGCUCAUGUAACACUGGGGCAGGAGGUGUGCCCAACCCUCUCGUGUCAGCAUCCUCAGCUCCACAAGCCCACCAGACCUGGCCUCAAUGACCCGACACCGAGGUCACACGUGGGUUGUACCCCAGGUGGGGUGAGGAGGGACACUCUUCUCCCAUUCUCAAUUCCCAGUUUUCCCUCCUUGGCUGUUCACUUUGACCAAUGCCAGGCAUUGAAUCAGGCCUCCUCCACCUGGAACUCCUAGAAUUUCCUUGGCCCUGCCUGCCCCAAACCUCUGUACCAGGGGUGAGAGGGACCCCCACCCCACAGCCCUCCACUCAGGGCAGUGAGACCACAGAAGCAGAAACUGGCCGCGGCCAGAUGGGCUUCUGCUCAGGUCCCGGAUUGGAUGACUCACCUUUCUUCACAUCCCUCAGCCCCUCAGCCCCUGGAGCCAGACCCCCUGUGCUGUUUUCUCUCCGCCCCCUGCACAGCACCAGGUCCUUUCAGUGUGCAUCCAUGCUCAGUCAAGGGAUGGGGGUGUAAGGGGAGUCCUCACACAGAAACAGACCCAUCAGAAAAAGGAGCUGGAAUCUGGCCACGUGGCCUAAGCUCAGGAGCCCCCUGCCCUGCCUUCCCAGCCAGGGUAUUUUACUGUUUCUUUUCUACUUGUGCACAUUCAUACCAGAGAGGAUGGCUAAUAAAAAGAGACUGUGCUGCUGA